AUGGCAAAUAGGAUUGGCGAGUUGGAAGUGCUCACGUACAUUUACUGGACAAUGGAGACUGUUGAUUUGUUGACGUACAAUCAACGCGUCGAGAGGACCGCUCAGAAACAAUUGCUGUUUCACAUAUUUGCCGACGUUUAUCGGUCUGAUCUCAAGGGCCCCGACCACGUGUCUGCUGGUUUAUAUCACGAAAAAUUUUGUAGACUUUUACAAAAACAUGGUAAAUUUUUGUCUCAAAAAAAUCACGUGUCCGCAAAAAGUGUAGCGUUCGUCAUGAGCACAAUAUUGAUGAUACUUCUAAUAAUUUAA